AUGGUUCAAAUGAUCGUUGAUGAGCUGAACGAGGCAUACGAUACAUUUGUAGAAAAACAUCCAGAUUUCAAUGGCAAGAUUUCAGUCUUUGCACUAUCCCUCGGUGGCAUUGCUAUGUUCGAUAUCCUGACGUGUCAGGAUGAUGACAAUGAAGAGGAGGCAGAAAAGGAGACCUUGCAGGCGAUAAUAACAAAGAUGAUGACACUAAUCAAAAGACAGUGCGCAAGUAAAGGAACCCAGAAAUCCCAAUUCGGCCAAAAAUGCAAGAAGAGUAAUAAGGGUGAUAAUGUCAAAAUCAGGAAACAGGACGAGCCUAAAUUCCUCAGGAAGAUUCCAAAACUCAAAUUUAGACCCCAUUACCUCUUCACAGUGGGGUCACCCCUAGGUGCUGUGUUGGUGAUGCGGAACCUUGAUUGGGAGACAUUCCAUCCACCGGACGAUAUUAUCCAUCACAAUCUUUUCCACCCAUUUGAUCCUUUGGGUUAUAGGAUUGAGCCUUUGAUCGAUCCAAUUUUUGCCAAGGUCCCAGCAGUUUUGAUGAAUUCUUAUAGUAGCUCUCAAGGGGCCUUGUUUUCAUUGCCCUCAUUACCAUCGUUACUACUUCCAGGGUCUAUUUCUUCAUUCUGGGAGAACAAGGUGCCCACGUUGCCAAGACCAUCUAUCCCAACGUUAUCGAGUCUUUCUCAAAUGACCAUGUCAUUAAAAGCAGGGCGUUGGCUAGCUGGAAAUGUGAACACGAAUACGAACAGUAGCAAUGGCAGCAAUAAAGAUGAAGAAGAUGAUGAGGACGGGCCUGCUGCUACUAGAAAUGAUGAUGAAGUUGAGCAGCGUACUGGUGAAGAAGUACAGGCUAUUUCGUUUUCAUCCUCUUCAGCCGCAGCCACUGUGGCAACGUGUUUAGCGCCAAGAGAAACAGGAGAGACAUCAACAUCAACAAGCUCUCCAGCGGAUAUUGAUACAACCACUGGAUCACCAUCGCCAGCAACAUUAUCAGCCAAACAACGACCAACCUUGGGUCCUCGUCGAGUUAGCAGCCGAGUUGAUGGACAGCACUCACGUGAGCAUGAGCAAAGGGUAAUGGCCGACGCUGCAGAAGAAGACAUGAGGAAUGUGCUGUCCGGCAACAGCAACAGCAGAACGGAGAGAGGUGCAACAGUCCAGGAGAAGGCUCAAGGUGUUGGCGCAAAGUCAAAUGUUGUUCAGGAACCCAUGGUUCAAUCAAUUUCGUCUGCACAAGGCCGGACAAAGAAUAAAGAAGAUGAGGACCACCAACAGCCACAUGCUGAUACGUUCCCACAGGAGAUUGAGAACGUAGAGGCGGCUAAACAGCAAGAGCAAAAGAAAGACAGGACAGUCCAUGUAGAAGGAAAGGCUACUAAACUACCAUAUCGAAUUGAUUAUGUCUUACAAGAGUCAACUGCGGACCAAUAUACGAAUGAGUAUCUUUUGGGGAUGCGAAGCCAUUUCCGAUACUGGGGUAACAGGGAUGUGGCAUACCACAUCCUCAGAACCAUGCUUCAGCCUGUAAAGAAUCUUGGCUCAGAGGACGAAGUCCUAGAUCUCAAACUGACCACUCCUGUGUCAUCAACCUCAGCUGCAAAUACUAAGGGAGGAGUAGAAGUCAAAACCAGGCUCCCUGCUGCUACAGCCCGUUCACGAAGUGAAUCUUCAGCAUCAACUAUGAUGAAUGCAACAACAGCGACAGAGGCAGCAGCAGCAGUAUCAUCGUCAUUUAGUACCAGCAAGACAGCGGGCCAAAAAGAAGCAUCAUCGGAAAUCAUUCACGUUCUCGUUCUUUGGGGUUAUGACCAUUCUUCCUCCUCUGACGACGACGACGACGACGAGCGCAAGCGCACUGACAACCAAGAGGAGCAGCAGCGAAGGAGACGAAGGCAGCAGCAAGAAGAAACAGAUCAGAAUAUGGCCAUGAUGGACGAGGAAAAUCAGUUAUUUGGAUAUCGAUACCCAAGAACGGAGACGGAUAUGGACAUGGACAUGGACAUGAGUAUCGGUAGUGACGGCAAGGACAACAGCAAUAACAGCAGUGCUGAUACAUACCAACGUACUUCAAGCUCUGCUAGGCCAAGGCUAGUGUCAAAGACUUACAGCGUCGAACCGUCGGAAGACGUGUCGAUGGCCAGUAUUAAUCGAGGAAGUAAGAGGCGAAUGAGCUCUUUGACCAGAAAUAGGAGGAGUAUAGAUAGUAAGGAGUUUGAAGCUGUGGUUGAGACUGAGAACAAGGCCGAAACUAAAGCCGGGGUUGCAGAAAAGGCUGUUGGCGUACAAGGAUGGAUCCCAGCGCCAGUGGUGCCUGAAUUAGCCCGACCAGCUAAGCUGCAUCAUCGCUCCUCGCGUGUUUGA